UAGAGAGGAACACGUGAAUUUGCUCCCCUACUUAGGGACACAGGCCGUUCGUGUCUUCACAGAAAAAGACGCCACUCUGUGUGUAAAAAUCCGUGUGUGAAAAGAGAGAGAAAAAUGCACGCCUUGGUGAACGCCUUCAUGCGCUGCCUCUCCUUUCUCUUGCCUCCCCCUUGGUUGUGUGUCAGCUUUUCCUGGUGGGUUGGGAAUGAGUGCGAAGAGACGCUGCCGCGGCCCAAUCCCAGAGCUCGUUUCAAAAGCAGAAAGCCUCUUACAUAUGAGGAAGUAGCAGCAGCAGCAGCAGCAGAAGCCCAAGGAGGCUCCAGCCUGUCGGUCUCACCAAUUCAAGGCUGCGUCUCGCUGGCUGCUACAAGCCCCGCUGCUCAUCAGGGCCCUCCGUCGGGUCGGAUCUGGAUCGGGGGUCUCUGGCGAGCCGUGGAGCGCGUCUUCGGAGCCCCCUGGGUCCUUCUCCGCCAUCACUGGUGCCCGAAGAGGCGUCGAGCAGCUUUACGCACCCCGUAUCCUGUCUGUGCCUUCGCGUCGAGCAAGAUUAAAAGCUUCCAGGGAGGCGCUGCUGCUGCUGCUACUACUACAACAGAAGAGGGGAAGGGAGCGGGUGGAAGCACCUUGACUUAUUCGAGGAACAUGAGUGGGACCGUGGGGAUCCCCAAUCCGAACCCAGCGGAGUGCGCCUCAGAUGCGUCAGCGGAGCAGGGCAUUGAUGAGGUAAUCACCGUGGAUCAGCACACGCAGGAAAUGGGGACGGUGACUAUAACAGUGGCCAUUCAAGCGGCCGAGGACGAGGAACCCGAGGAAGUGUCAUCGAAUAAUAUUGACUUCCUUGGAGGGAGCUGCAGUGAGGACGAAAUCGGAAGGCAUGACAAAUCAAGUGGUGCCGGGACCAGUGGAGGGGAGGAGGAGAGCUGGCAGCCCCCAGAUCCAGAGCUCAUCGAGAAAUUGGUCGUCCAGAUUGAGUACUACCUGUCGGAUGAGAACCUGGAGCAUGAUGCCUUCCUGCUCAAACAUGUCCGUCGCAACAAGCUCGGGUUUGUCAGCGUCAAGUUGCUCACUUCAUUCAAAAAGGUGAAACACUUGACUCGUGACUGGAGAACAACUGCUUAUGCUUUGAGACACUCAAAGAUACUUGAGCUGAAUGAUGAGGGGCGUAAGGUGCGGCGUAAAUCAGCAGUGCCGGUCUUUGCCAGUGAGUCGUUGCCUAGCCGCAUGCUGCUGUUAAGUGAUUUGCAGAAGUGGCCAGAGCUGGCGGCUCUCACUAAGGAUAAUGGAGGCAGUGAGGGAGGAGCCAUUCAGCAGGAGCAGCUGAUGAAGCUGUUGCUGAAAGCGUUCGGAACAUACGGUGCCAUCGCCUCUGUCAGAGUCCUGAAGCCAGGGAAGGACCUGCCGGCUGACCUGAAGAGGCUGAGCGGCCGCUACACUCAGCUAGGUACUGAGGAAUGUGCAAUUGUGGAGUUUGAGGAGGUGGAGGCUGCUGUCAAAGCCAAUGAAGCUGUGGGGAGCGAGGAUGCAGGGGCCAGUUCCCUAGGGUUGAAAGUAGUCCUGAUUGGCACCAAACCACCCAAGAAGAAGGUAACUAAAGAACGGCCACGUGAGGAGGGAGGGAUGCGUAAGAGUCGCUCGCUCAACAGCAGAGUACGAGAGCUUCAGUACCAUGGGGACGACUCGGCCUGCAGCUCUUCAGAGACUGAGAGUACCCCCACGUCUCCUAGGCUGACCAGAAAGUCCCAGUCCUGCAAUAAGCUCAGCCCCACCACUGCGAGCAUCAGCUUCCAGAACAAUCACCUGAGUCCUGGUAUGUCCCCGCGUAACAGUCCCUGGUCCAGCCCCCGUGCAAGUCCCUGUUCUCAGCGCAAAUCUCCUCAUUCCAACAAGUCUCCCUUAGUCAGCGAAGGCAGACUGAGCCCUGAACCAGGGCGCCGUUGGGCAGACUACUCCUCAGACAGUAGUCUUACCCCUUCAGGGAGCCCGUGGGUUCAGCGGCGCAAGCAGGUGGCUUCUCAGGAAAGCAGUCCGGUUGGCAGUCCGAUGCUGGGUAGAAAGAUCCAGAACGCUGACGGCCUGCCACCAGGGGUGACGAGGCUGCCAAGGGGUCCCGAUGGAACCCGUGGCUUUCACUGUGUCACUGUUAGUGAGAGGGGAAAGACUGCUGCUACUCAGACUUGAUAAGUGGAGGAUCCUUAUACAUUCCUUAUCCCACAGAAGUAAGGAUAGAUUGGAAAUUUGAGCUGUUCUUGGCUGUGUCGCUCAGCCCCCACCCCACAUUUAAGACUGUGUAGAUAUAUUUUUGUUGAGUGCAUUAGUUUUCAGUCUUUGUUAUAUUUUUAUACAACAUUUGAGUUACCAUGGUAACAUUAGUGAUUUACUAAUGGAAAUUUGAGUGAAUGUACAUUUAUAUUGAUUUGAAAUGGACCAUGUCACUCUGUCGCUGUCUAAACUUGUUCUACAUGGGGGCGGGUUGGAGUGGAAGUUCCACCUUUUUGUUGUGUGGUGUUUAUUUCUAUCUUUUUUUUUUUUUUUAUUGAAACUGUCUUGUGUGGAAAAGCUCACAACAUUGUCUGUGGAUGGUGUAUAAAUGUGGUGUAAGUGGCAUGGGCACAUGGACUUGAUAGCGAUAUCACCAUAUGCCUUUUCUGUGUUUGUCUACUGUGAGUUCCAUUUUUACAUGUUUAAACUGAGUCCAUAAUCGCCCCACUGCCAUAAAGGUUGGACAGUUAAACUUGGACAUGAGAUUAUUAUUUUUUUUUUUGUUUUUUUUAAUUUUGCCUUUUAAUUUCAGUAUGCUUUGGCAGUUGGGAAGGGUCUCCUAGUCCUAUAAUUUAAGUAGGUAGCUGCUUUAUUUAUUUUUUUAGCUUUAUUUUUUGCGUAUGUUUCCAUCAUUCUCACAAUGAGGUUUGAGGGAUGUUCAGGUCAGGCAGAAUAGAUGCUGUUAUGUUCUUGUCUUUACAUCUGAGCUUGGGGUAUUUGUACAGUGCGACUCCUAUUGUACAAAUAAAUCACUAAAAUUGCAA